ACUGCUACAGUUGUGUAUGAGCAAAGGUGAUGCCAACAUCCGCUGAGGGAGAGCCAGAGCGCAGACAAUGAGGGGCUGUUAGAGGAAGGAAAAGCGGUAUUUCUCACUUCCACCUUAUUUUUUCCAUAGCAGGAAAAAACAGCGCAGAGGAUCCAGCCAGUGCGCGCUGAUUGUAGUGUUCAAAACAAGGCGGGGCUGACGUCGCCGUCUGAUUUUGGACAAACCACAAGUAGGUUAGCGCAGACACUAAGAGAGUGCUGCUGCUACCCCCCGCCGCUGCUUUUGUUGUUUUUUAUGACAUCUGAAAGUCAAACAUGAAUUCAGCCGAACAGACGGUUACGUGGCUCAUAACGCUCGGAGUCCUGGAGUCUCCCAAGAAAAGCAUCUCGGAUCCAGAGGCUUUCCUCCAGGCGUCUCUGCAGGAUGGAGCGGUGCUGUGCAGGCUGCUGGAGCGACUCAGACCCGGGACGGUGGACAAAUUUUUCCAGGAGCCGAGGAGCGACAGCGAGUGUCAGAGGAACAUAACCGAGUUUGUUAAAGGCUGCGGGGCUUUCGGUGUGGAGCCUUUCGAGGUCAAUGACCUGCUGCAGGGACUGAACUUCUCUAAGGUGCUAAACUCCUUGGUUGCCCUCAACAAAGCUACUGAAGAUUUGAGUGUUUCUGGGGACACCGUAUGUGUGGCACACUCCUCAACCUCAAGGAUCAAGUCCUUUGACUCUCUGAACACUCAGAGUCGCUCCUUGAAACUGGUGCAGCCUCAGUACCGCAGCCUGGACAUGUCAGAGGGCAGUGGGUGUGGCCAGCUGUUGGUCAGGGCACGCUUCCCCUUCCAGCAGACCAAUGAGGACGAGCUGUCUUUCUCCAAGGGUGACCUCAUUAUUGUGACCAGGCAGGAGGAGGGGGGCUGGUGGGAAGGCACGCUGAAGGACAAGACUGGGUGGUUCCCCAGUAACUAUGUACGGGAGCUGAAAGGAAAUGACAAACCAUUAGACAAGCCAAAGUCUGGGACGCUCAAAAGUCCGCCCAAAGGCUUUGAUACCACUAUCAUCAACAAGACCUAUUACAAUGUGGUCCUACAGAACAUCCUGGAAGCAGAGACUGAAUAUUCAAGGGAGUUGCAGAGUCUCUUGGGUUCAUACCUUCGCCCACUUCAUCCCACAGACAGACUCAGCAGUGUUGACAUCGGUCACAUUCAGGCAAAUCUGGAAGACAUUUCAACCUUUCAGCAAAUGCUGGUUCAGUCUUUGGAAGAGCACACCAGACUUCCUGAGAGCCAGCAGAGGAUUGGAGGGUUCUUCCUGGGCUUGAUCCCCCAGAUGAAGAAGAUCUAUUUGACCUACUGCUCUAAUCACCCGUCUGCUGUCAAUGUACUGACACAACACAGUGAGGAGCUGAAAGAAUACAUGGAGUCAAAAGGAGCACCCCCCCCUGGGAUCUUGGCACUGACCACUAGCCUAAGUAAACCCUUCAUCAGACUGGAUAGAUACCCAACCCUGCUGAAAGAACUGGACAGACAUAUGGAAGACCAACACCCUGACAGAGCUGAUCUGCAGGCUUCUAUGACAGCCUUUAAAAACCUCUCUGCUCAGUGUAAGGAAAUCAGGAAGAAGAAGGAACUGGUGUUGCAGAUUUUAACAGAGCCGAUCAGAAACUGGGAGGGAGAUGAUAUCCGAACUCUUGGCCCUGUCCUUCACAUGUCCCAGGCUGCAGUUCGCUCACAGAACUGUCAGGAGUCAAAUGAAUGCUACCUCCUUCUCUUCCAUCACACUCUGCUCAUGGUGUCUGCCAGCCUGAGAAUGAGUGGAUUCAUCUAUCAGGGGCGGAUACCGUUAUCAGGAAUGCUUAUUUCCAGGAUAGAGGAUGGAGAAAACUUGAAGAAUGCUUUUGAAAUAUCUGGCAGCCAGGGUGAGCGCAUCCAGGUAGCAUGUAACAGUCAGCACGAUCUGCAGGAAUGGCUGGACCUUCUCACUAAACACACCCACGCUCCGGCUGCAUCCACACACAAGACUCUGUCUGUCUGUCACACACUGCCCUCUCACCCUGUCACUCCCUCUAGAAACUCUGAGUCUCGUGGAGGGAGUAGCGUGAACACUUACCACACCCUUCCCCAUGUCUCCUUGCAUGGGAUCAGCAGCCCUAUGUGGGGACCCCUGGAGCCACCGAGUACCCCCAAACCCUGGAGCUUAAGCUGCCUUCGCCCUGCUCCUCCACUCCGGCCCUCUGCUGCUCUCUGCUACAAGGAGGACAUGAGUAAGAGUCCCAAAAAUGUGAAGAAGCUCCUCCCAAAGAGGAAGCCAGAAAGGAAACCCUCAGAAGAGGACUUCACUGUCAGAAAAAGUACAGCAGCUCUAGAGGAGGAUGCUCAAAUACUCAAAGUCAUAGAGGCUUAUUGUACCAGUGCCAAGACACGACAGACUCUUAACUCCACCUGGCAAGGAACUGACCUCAUGCACAACCACGUACUUGCUGACAACAGCCUCACAGUGGCUGGCUUGCCUGGCAACCCUCCGUGUUCUGACCAAUCAGAGGACUCGGAUUAUGACAGUAUCUGGACUGCCCAUAGUUACAGGACUGCCUCAUUUUCUCGUAAGAUAUCGAUGAAGGACGUCCAGGUGUUGUUCCCGGAAGAGGAGAAGAUUAUAGUGGAGGAAAUGAGGAGCAAUGGACAGACUGUAGUAGAGGAGAGGAGUCUGGUGGACACUGUGUACAGCCUCAAAGAUGAAGUCCAGGAACUCAAACAGGACAACAAGAGGAUGAAGAGGACGCUAGAGGAGGAACAGCGGGCAAGGAAAGAGCUGGAGAGGAUUGUGAGGAGAGUUCUGAAGAACAUGAACGACCCGACCUGGGACGAAACAAACCUCUGAGUUUGUGUCUGACACUGAAGGACGAGAUUAGUUCCUGACUUUUUAAUGACUUGGAAAUCAUUGAACCUGUGUGGACAAAAAGCUGCUUGUAGUUAAUUCCGCUGCAGCAUGUCUCCAAUUCCACUAGCUUUGACCUUCACAGUGACCUGUGUGCCAAACUGUGGACCAAUGUAAAACACCUGCCAGCCGUUAGCAAAGCUGUCCCAACUGACCUUAAAGCUGUGAAGCCAUACUAGCCUGCAGGCGAGCUGAUUAGCCAUCUUUGACACACUGACACGAGAAUCAAGACUUUUUUUUUUUCAUUUACUUGUGUACUUCUCUGUCAUUCCUUUUUAGUGCAACAUUUCACAAUUGCUAGGAAAGUAUUUUCUUGACUGGCCUUGGGCAUGAACACUAGCUCUACAUGGGCUUGUAUAUUUCACAGAUAUUGGAGCCUUGCGGACAAAACUCUUCCUUGAAACUUGAAUUUUAUUCCAAAACUCCACAUUUUAUUUCUUGUUUUCUGAUGCUAAAUCAUCACUUUGGGAGUUUUAAAAACUGAUUUCUGAACUUAAAAAAACUACGAACUUUUUACAUUAUAAAUGCAAUCUAAGUCUACCAGCACUUAUAAGAGACCUCACGAGUUUCACGGGAUUAGAUUGCACUUUUAGUGUUGUGUUAAUACAAAAUGACUUAUUUAUGGAUCCAUAUAAGUGCGUAGCCUUACUGAUAUUUGCUUGGACCUACUGUGUCAGUUUAUCCACCUCUGGGUUUAGACGAUUGUGCUUGAACUUGUCAAAUAAUAAACAAGAAAUCAUAGAAAUGCGUAGUUGCUGAAAAAUAAUCAACAGUAGUUAUUAUCAAAAGGUUUCUCAGGAAUUAAGAUGACCAUCAGGGGAGCUCCAGAUUCACGUCCAUUUCAAAUUUCACAUCCAAAGCAAUUUCAGAAAAUUUCAAAAAAAUUGAUUUGGAAUCGUAAUGCAGGGUUACUCAUUUUUUUUGUAAUGAUAAAAUAAAAGCAAAAUUAAAAUGAUUGCAUUGAAGUAAAGAAACAGCAUUUGCAAAUUCGCAAUUUUCUAAACUUUGCUCCUGAUCAAUCUUAUGGUUGUCAAAAUAAAAAGUAUAAGCUACCUUUAAAAUACAUCUUAACUUGGGGCAACACAUUACUUAUCAUGUGUACACUGUAAAAUAAAAGUAAUGAAAAUGUGAGUGAACAAUCCAGAGUGUAGGAAAUAGUCUAACCCUAAAAAACCCAAUGUAAUUCAGAAUAUCAACAGAAACCAUAUAACAAUAUGAACACUAAAAAAACAAUUAGUUUUAUAUUUUAUUCCACAUAAGCGCCGGUACACUAAAACGAUGCUCAGAAAAGCUCCCACACUCGUUUUCAUGCAGUCCUAACUUCAUUUUUUCAGAGCUAAACGAAACACUCAGAGUGACGGAUCUGCGCUCCUUCUUUAUCAAUACCAAAGGCAAAGCAAUACAACACUGGAAAAAUCUUUUUUAUGAUGUCAGUACGCAACUUAUUGUACAAUGUUUUUUUUUAUAUAUAUAUUUGAUGUUAUGUUUUUACUCUGGCUUUGAUUUGUAACACUCGUUAUUUUCUACUUGACCUCGUCAAUCACACUAAAGAUGAUUUGUACAGAAAAGCUACUCUUUUCUCGUGCCAUUGGGAGAAAAAAUCUUUUGUUAAAGCUUUUAUCUUUAUAACUUCACUUACAAAUGACAUAAUACUGAAAGCAGAACCACAUUAAUAUAAGCUAUGUAAUACAGUAUGCCAUUUUCUGGCGCUAACUAAUGUAUUUAACUGAAAGUGAUUGGUGUAAAUGCAUUGUGUGUUCAGAUGUUAUAGCAGUGAAGACGAUUACAGUAGUUACUGUGACAACAAUCACCCCCCCUCUAUUUAUUUCACCCAUUUGUCUGAGUGAAUAAAAUAUUGAACCAACCGUG